UCCUAAGCUUUCUACUGACUAUCCUCCAUCUUACCUCACUUCAUCAAUCCUCCGACGCGGAAGGAACCCCCCCGUGGCUCCUUACAUCUUGGUUUCUUUCUACUGAUCAAUUCGGGUCUAUACCUUAUUGGCCAAACCCUCGCAAGAAGAAUUCCUAUUUAUAUCCUUGCUUGCUGUUCCACCCUCUGGCAGAUUCGCCUCGGACCGACAUCAACUGCUAACAAAUCUCGAAUUGAAACCUCCACGUCUUCAAGAUGGCCUCCAGCGACCAUAAUCGCUACGAUGACUCGGAGGAAGAGGACGACUUCAACCCUGCCCCCGCCGAUCUGUCCGACGAGGAACCCGACCACGACGCCACCAACAAGCACGCACGCGAAAGCAGUCCCGUUGCCGACGACGACCACGAAGCCCCUGCACCUUCGAAGUCGAGAAUUCCAGACGACGACGACGAAGACGAGGAACAGGAUGAAGAUGAUGCUAUCCAAAAUGACGAUGAAGAAGACGAGGAAGAAGAGGAUGAUGAGGACGAGGACGAUGUACAACAGGGACAUCGCCGCAAGCGCAGAAAGGACCGCCGCGCUGCCUUCUUCGAUAUCGAAGCCGAGGUCGACGACGAAGAGGAUGGCGAGGAUGAGGAGAAAGACGGUGAGGAGAUAGAGGAUUUCAUCGACAACGCCCAUCCCGACGAUAUUGCCGAAAGCGGAGGUCUCGAUGAUGACAGACGUCACAGAGAACUCGAUCGUCGUCGCGAGAUGGAGGCGAGCAUGGAUGCUGAAAAGCAGGCCGAGAUUCUUCGUCAGCGUUACGGCAACCGCCGCCCGAACAAGGGGUUUGGAGAUUCGGCUGUCGUUCCCAAGCGUUUGCUCAUGCCCAGUGUCGAUGAUCCUACUAUUUGGGCCGUCAGAUGCAAGGAAGGGAAAGAGCGGGAGGUCGUUUUCUCCAUCAUGAAGCGUGUCGAGGAGAGGAUGGGCACGAAGGACGAACUGGCCAUCAUCUCGGCCUUCGAACGCGGUGGCCCAACUUCCGUUAUGAAGGGUUACAUCUACGUCGAAGCCAACCGUUCCACCGAUAUCAUGGUGGCUCUUGAUGGCAUGUUCAACGUCUACCCCCGCUCCAAGAUGAUCCUGGUCGACAUUAAGGAUAUGCCCGACUUGCUCCGUGUCACAAAGACACCCACCCUUGAGCCUGGCGCCUGGGUCAGACUUCGGAAGCCUGCCAAGCACGCCGGCGAUCUUGCCCAAGUCAUCGACGUUACCGAGAAUGGCCUCGAGGCCAGAGUCCGCUUCAUCCCCCGUCUUGACUACGGAAUGAGAGACGACGCUCUCGCUUCCGCCCUCACCCUCGAUGGCAAACGAAAACGGCCCAUUGGCAUGGCCGGACCGCGGCCCCCUCAGCGUCUUUUCAAUGAGACUGAAGCUCGGAAGCGGCACCCUAGGCACAUACAAGGCAAUCCGACCACCAAGGUAUGGAACUACAUGGGUGACGAGUUCGAGAAUGGCUUCCAGGUCAAGGAUAUCAAAAUCCAGCAACUAGUGGUCACAGACGUCAACCCGACCCUGGAAGAAGUCACCAGAUUUGCCUCUGGUGCAGAGGACGGUACCGAGAACCUCGAUCUCAAGGCCCUCGCUUCCAGCCUUAAAGACAGCAACAUCAAUGUCACUUACCUGCCCGGCGACAUCAUUGAGGUCUAUGAAGGCGAGCAGAAGGGCGUUGUCGGAAAAGCUACCAACGUCCAGGGUGACAUUGUCACGAUGCAGGUCACGGAGGGAGUGCUGGCGGGCCAGGUCAUCGAAGUCCCCACCAAGGGUCUGAGGAAGCGGUUCAGAGUUGGAGAUCACGUCAAGGUCACCAGCGGCAGCCGAUUCCGUGACGAGGUCGGUAUGGUUGUCAAGAUCUCGGAAGACAGAGUUACCUUCUUGACAGACCAGACCAACACGGAAGUCACGGUUUUUAGCAAGGACUUGCGGGAAGCAAGUGACAUUGGUGGACAGGGCUCGCUGGGCCAGUAUGAGCUCUUUGACCUGGUUCAGUUGGACCCCACCACGGUCGGUUGCAUUGUCAAGGUUGAUCGCGAAUCGGUGGUCGUGCUCGACCAGAAUGGAGAUACGCGGCAAGUUAUGCCGUCGCAGAUUGCCAACAAACUUCCCAAGCGGAAAAUCGCCGUUGCUGCUGACAGGAACGGCUCCGAGAUCAGACUCGACGAUGUGGUCCGAGAGUAUGGCGGUCAACAGCGUCAGGGCAAGAUCAUUCACAUUCAUCGCGCCUACGUUUUCUUGCACAACAACGACAGCAACGAAAAUGCCGGCGUCUUCGUCACCAAGGCUGGCAACGUUAACACCAUUGCCGCCAAGGGUGGACGCGUACUUUCGGCUGGCCCCAAUCUGGAUCAGAUGAACCCUGCCAUGAAGCGCAACCCUAACGGCUCCGAGAGCAAAAUGGCGCCGCCCAAAAGUUUUGGAGGACGAGAUCGUGCGAUUGACAAGACCGUCAUCAUCAGGAAGGGUGGUUACAAGGGCCUCCUGGGCAUCGUGAAGGACGCUACGGAUACCCACGCCCGUGUGGAGCUACACACCAAGAGCAAAACCAUCACUGUGCCCAAGGAUCACCUCAGCUUCAAGGACAAGAUCACGGGUGCCAAGAUCGAAAUUAAUGGCCGGGGUCGUGGUGGCCACAGUGGUCCUCCUGGGGGCGGUCGUGGUGGACAUGGAGAUUGGCAGGGAGGCAGAACACCAGUCGCCUCCAGCAGUUCCGAGAGAACGCCCGCUUGGGGUUCGAGAACCCCCGCGCCGACUAGCGGCCGUACUCCGGCUUGGAAGUCGAGCGGCCCGGAUUACUCCGGGUCACGUACACCGGCCUGGGCCGAUGGGUCCCGAACUGCCUACGGCGAUGGAAGCCGUACCGCGUAUGGCGGAGGAUCGCGGACGCCGGCAUGGCAGUCUGGUGCCAAGACACCGGCUCAUGAUGCCUUCGGGUUGGGAUCGAAGACACCUGCAUACGGAGGAGGGGAUGCCUGGGGUUCUGGCUCCAAAACACCCGCAUAUGGUGGCUCUGCACCGACGCCGGGUGCCAGCGGAAGCGACUCAUGGGGAUACACGCCCGGACAGUCUGGCUACGAUGCUCCGACGCCCGGCGGAGCCCUUCUUGGUGCGCCAACGCCAGGCGCACUCAAUGCCCCCACGCCUGGUGCCUACUCGGCGCCAACCCCGGCGGCCGCGAGCGCCCCGACCCCCGGCGGCGGAUGGCAAGGCGGGUGGGGUGCCGACUCGGCCCCGACGCCUGCUGCAGGUGCGCCUACUCCCGCUGCCAGUGGCUUCACCUCGUCAUCUGCCUAUUACGGCGCGCCUACACCUGCAGCAUAUGGCGCGCCCGAGACGCCGGCAGCAAGUGGGCCCAGAUACACCGAUGAUGACUAGACGCGAGCGCUGGAACAUGGUUUCUGAUGCUCGCUCGUUGGCUCGAAGUUGUAUUUCACGCGGGGAAGUGAGCAAGGUUGUAUAUUACUCGGCGUUCAUGUAAAAGAGGGACACGCGUAAUAAGUUAAGCGCACUUAAAAAAUGACACAGUUGGCCUUCGAAUUGUGCCUUAAAACGAUACCUUCAAUGUUCCCCAACCUUUCAGUUUGAGACAGUUCGGAUCAAGUAUAAUCCCGUGCAUGAGAGCACAGGAUAUAGCUUCAACACUCUUGUUUUAACUUCAAAGACCCAGACUCGUGUUGUGGUGACGAAGUAGAGUCAACUGGGUUUCUCUUCGCCUCCGCUGCCACCCGGUAUCAGGAUUACAUGCUGCGAACAGAAUUCUCCAACCAGUCAACUAACUGCCUUAGUCUGUCUCGAAAGUUACCACUACAAUCUCCCUGCGGUCAGUGAGCAAUAUUGGUACCGGCUGUGACGCGUUCAUGCUGGGCCGUACAACCCCUGCCUCCGGAAACAUAUUAUUAUGCCAUGGCCACCCACCAUUUUGAUAAUUAUUUACGACCGAGUUUCAUCAUGUUCACUCCUUGCCAUUCAUUCGGGUGACGUGACAUAGUAAGAGAUCAAGCAUGAGAACACAUAAGCAUAUUUAUUUCCGUCUCUCUCACAAUCCGGAUGACCCAUUCGAACUGUGCAAAAUGAGUUGUAUUCAAAGUUGGUAUGAGGCUAAAGUGAAGCUGGCCCUGGCCGCGGCCACGGGCUCUGAACGAAAUGAAGAAGGAAAAGUUGACCAUACGACCCCGCUGCGUAAACUCCUCGACACGCCCCUACUACCUCCGACACACCGCCAAAAGGGACAAGCCGUACUUCUGUUCUCAAAGUAAAUAUAAAUUCGAUCCCACCUCUUCCGUAUCUCUC